GAUAUGAUUAAAGAUUCAUAGAAAUCCAUCCAAAAUACCUGGAUAUAAACUUUAAUCCCUCAACCUAAUUAACCACCACCUGUAUUUUAUAUAAAAACGUCUUUUAAAACAUCAUUUUUAGUGUGCAACGUCCAACGACAACAUCAACAAAUAAUAGUUAUUGAACAAAAAUGCCCGUACCAGUUGUGAAUUCAACACUGCAAUUGAGAAAAUUAAAUUUAAGGCUCCAAAGACAAUUGGAGACAAUACUCGAUAGUGACGACUUGUGGAAACAAUUAAUGUGUGCAAUACCAAAAAGUUUAGACGUUGAUCCCUCGAUGUCCAAGAUAUCAGAGAAGAAUCCUCCCAAAUACAAUACGGAGCACUUCAAAAUCAUUGAGAGUGUAUCAGUGAAAGACCACCGUUCAUGCACCAACAUACUUUUGGAUGAAUGGGGCACCUCAGGCAAAGUGCUUCCAACACUAGGUCAUCUGUUUUACUUGUUGAAGGAAGCAGGUAUUUAUAGAGCUGGGGACCUGGUUGCUGAUUUAAUGGGUGUGCCGAGACCUGAAAGGCCUCAAUUAGGUCCGGAUGCUGCCGUCAAAAUUGAAGAUGUAAAUCCUACUGACCUACCGGUAGUCGGUCACCUUCAAAGACUGCACUUUGGAAAUGAAGAUCCUAGCCUGGACUCGCUUCUAAGUGACGGUACGGAUGUGUCCAAAUCCAUUCCUAUAAAAAAUCUUCCCAAUUUGCCCAUAUUUCAACUAACAACAGAAGCCAGUGCCCAAUAUUUGCCUCAGUUGCCCGAAGUUGACAUCAAAUAUACUUCAAAUGCACCAAUAACACCACUACUAGAAGCGUCUGUGCCUAAUUUGCAAAUUUUUCAACUUCCCAGUUGA